UCAAGCCCGGAACUACACGGAGCGGAGACUCGAGCGGCCCGGCUACCUGCGUGCGCACGCGCAGACACUCGCUCCGCCCGCCGCCAGACACCGCCACUCCAGCCCGCCGGGGGGCGCUGCGGUACGUCCGCGCGCUGCGCGCCGCCCCAGCCGGGCGGAAGCGGCUCUCUGGCCUGCGCUUUAUAGGUCUCGCUUGUGCUUCCUGUUUCCUCUUUUACCGGGACCCGUCAACAUGGGCCGCGUCCGCACCAAGACCGUGAAGAAGGCGGCCCGGGUCAUCAUCGAGAAGUACUACACGCGCCUGGGCAAUGACUUCCACACCAACAAGCGCGUGUGCGAGGAGAUCGCCAUCAUCCCCAGCAAGAAACUCCGCAACAAGAUAGCCGGCUAUGUCACGCAUCUGAUGAAGAGGAUUCAGAGGGGCCCUGUCAGGGGCAUCUCUAUCAAACUGCAGGAGGAAGAGCGAGAAAGGAGGGAUAAUUACGUCCCUGAGGUGUCAGCCCUGGAUCAGGAGAUCAUUGAGGUAGAUCCUGACACCAAGGAGAUGCUGAAGCUUCUGGACUUCGGCAGUCUCUCCAACCUGCAGGUCACUCAGCCUACAGUGGGGAUGAAUUUCAAAACACCGCGUGGAGCCGUUUGAGUUUGUUCUGUCAUUUUCAAUAAAUCUGAAAAUAACUUUG